UAAACAACAUGGCUGACAUUCUGUUCAAAUUGCAGAAGGACGGUAUAAAUAAGAAGAUCUUGUAUGCUGGGAAGGGCGAUUUUCCUCCCUUUAAGGAUGGAUCAAGGCUCACCUUCCAUUACAAGACAAGUAAAUGUGACGAGAACAAGACAGUUCUAGAUGACAGUCGGAAACAUGCCAAGCCCCUCGAGAUUAUCCUUGGCAAGAAGUUUAAGUUGGAGGUGUGGGAGAUGUGUCUUCAGACUAUGAAGGAGGGAGAGGUUGCUGAGUUCAUCUGUGAUAUGAAGCAUGUGGCCACCUACCCACUGGUGGCCAAGAGUCUACGCCAGAUCCAUGCAGGGAAAUCAGACAACCACCAGCAUGCCAGCCACUGUUGUGGCAUGAUGAACAUGGCAGAACAUGGUCUAGGUCAUGCCGACCUAGAUGAACUGAUGAAGACUCCACAACCCCUCUCCUUCACACUUGAGUUGGUAAAGUUUGAAGAGCCAGAAUCGUUUGAUAAGGAAGUGUGGACGAUGAGUGAGGAUGAGAAACUGGCCACUGUCCCCAAGUUGAAAGAGGAAGGCAAUGAGCUGUAUGGCAAGAAGCUCUACAAGGAGGCUGCGGAUGUGUAUGCUAAGGCAAUUGGAAUACUGGAACAGCUCAUUCUGAAGGAGAAGCCAGGUGAGGAGGAGUGGGAGGAGCUGGAGAAGAUGAAGCUGCCGUUCCUACUGAACUUCUCCCAGUGUAAACUGCUGGAGCAGGACUACUACCCCGUCAUAGAACACACCACCACUGUACUUAAGAGGGAGCCAGACAAUGUGAAGGCUUUGUUUCGGAGAGCUAAGGCCCAUGUUGGUGCGUGGAAUCCUGAUGAUGCUCGUAAUGACUUUAACCGUGUCCUACAAUUAGAUCCAUCUCUGUCUAACGCAGUGAAGAAGGAGCUGAUAAUGUUAGACGAUAUGAUCAAAAAGAAGGCUGAGCAAGACAAGCAGUCCCUCAAGGGAAUGUUUGAUCAACACGGGUAACAUGACUCAGAAAUUUGAUCAACAUAUCCCAGCCCAAAUGGUUGAUCAACAUGGCUAGCAAAGCUCAGAGACAUUGAUAGAGAGGAUGAUUUGUUGUGGAUCUGUUCACUAAUGUUUAAGUUCUUUGACAGUUCUUGUGUUGAAGUCAUAUCAGUAUUUCAGUUUGUAUACACUACGUUCCUCCAUCACCUGUAAUUAUAUAUGACCCGUUUGUGCUAUAGUCGGUAUUUUUAGUUUAUUGUCUAUCUUCACUUGACUAAACAUUUCAUUUUACCUGUGAUUGGGGAAUAUAGUGUAAACAAACAUAUUGAUGAUAUGUGGAAGUCAAGGAAAUACAUUUAUGUCUUCAAAUCUCUUGGGUUCCCUAUCAUUAUGAACAUGGUGGGCGAUCAAUGCAUGGCAAGGGCAGGUAACCCAACCAAAACAUCUGAAAUGUCUAUUUUAUUGACUUGCUGCACGAUUGCUCAGUAUGAAAAGCUAAAUAUAUUUUUUGUGUUAUGAAUACCUGGACUUGUUUAACAAGUUGAUGACUGAUCAGGAUUGUCUGUUGGUUGAAAUGAUCCAUGAUGUUUUGUUGGUUAAAAUGCUCAGUGGUACAUGUGUCUGUUUGUUGAAAUGCUUUGUGAUAUGGUUUGGCGUCAGCUUGAUUUGGGUCACAGUCAGAUUAUCUGAUGUUUUGGGACAUGAUGCUUUCAAAAGCACAAUCUACAUUUUCAGUCAGAAAUGAAAUUUUAAAAUUAAAUAGUUAUAAAAUGUAUCCCAAUGCCAAAGUUUUCACGGAUUUUGGAAGAGUUGAACUGUAAACUGCAAUUAUGCCAGCAUGCAUUCAGUUAGGUACUGACUUGAAUAUUUUCUGCAUUUAUGGAGGUAUAGCCUAGCAGAGUUACAGUGUGAACAUUGUUUUUAAUGGUUUUAACUAGGGGUGUCACGAUACACCAAUUUCACGAUACGAUACGUAUCACGAUUUUAAGGUCACGAUACGAUGCGUAUCGCGAUACAUAAUUUUCGCGCCUUUUCAUAGCAUUACCUUA